GGUGAGUUACUGAUUGCAACCCUUACGGCUGACUUUAGGUUGACGUCGCGGUAUCGCCUCGCUUGAAUCAGCUGCAUGUCCGCAACACCGCGGCACGAGGCCUGCGCGUAAUCUUUCGCAUCGAUUAUGGAUAGGUCGAUGCUCGGAACCACUAUGCCGCAAGGCAUGCCGGGCGCUGCGCAGCGGCGACUGCGUGGCACGUCUGCUGGCGUGCGUGGGCGGGGGGCCAGCCUUGUGCGCAGGACUAUCGCCGGGGACCGCCCCCAGGUGGCAACGCCCCCUGCACCGGCAGUUCCUACUCUGUGCGUCCCGGAGGACUUCGUGCUUGCUCCUGGAGAGCUAAGCCCGGUUGACCGCAACGGCAAGAACCUGCCGGAGGACGUGUUUCGCUGCUUCGGCUGCACGCUGCCUGCAUGCAAGGGCGCUGGCGGCUGUGCCAGCAACCUGUGGCGCAACCAGCAGGACGGCUACCUCCGGGCGAUUCUCACAGCUCGAGUCUACGAUGUUGCGAUCCAAUCGCCGCUCGAGGAGGCGCGCAAGCUUAGCGAGGCGGUCGGCAACACCAUCCUCCUCAAGCGGGAGGACCUACAGCCGGUGUUCUCAUUCAAGCUGCGUGGUGCUUACAACAAAAUGGCGAAGCUGCCUGCUGAGGCACGGGCACGUGGCGUCAUCACCAGCUCCGCAGGCAACCACGCGCAGGGUGUGGCGCUGGCGGCUUCCCGCAUGGGCUGCACGGCCAUCAUCUGCAUGCCCGUAAACACGCCUGAGAUCAAGGUGGCCAACGUGCGCAAGCUGGGCGGCCAGGUGGUGCUGGUGGGCGAGAGCUACCAGGAGGCGCAGGCGGCGGCCGUGGCGCGGGCCGUCAAGGAGGGGCUGACCUUCAUCCCACCGUACGAUGACCCCUACACCAUCGCAGGCCAGGGCACCAUCGGGGAUGAGAUCAUGCGCCAGAUUUCUGACCCGGAGAAGUUGGACGCAAUUUUUGUGCCAGUGGGUGGUGGCGGCCUGAUUGCGGGCAUUGCCGCGUACACCAAGGCGCUCAAACCCGACAUCAAGAUCUUUGGUGUGGAGCCCACUGGCGCGAAUGCCAUGGCCAUCAGCCUGGCGCGUGGGGAACGUGUGGCCCUGUCCAGGGUGGAUGCCUUCGCAGACGGCGUUGCAGUCAAGCAGGUUGGGCAAGAGACGUUUCGCCUGUGCCGCGAGCUGGUGGAUGGCAUCGUGCUUGUGGACAACAGCGCGGUGAGCGCGGCCAUCAAGGACGUCUUUAACGAGACGCGCUCCAUUCUGGAGCCGGCUGGCGCGCUGGCGGUGGCGGGUGCCAAGGCCUGGCUCAAGCGCAACUCAAUGAAGGGCGCAACGGUGGUGGCGGUUACUAGUGGCGCCAAUAUGAACUUCGAGCGGUUGCGGCUGGUCGCGGAACUGGCCAACGUGGGAGGCCGUACGGAGGCCAUGCUCACGACCACCAUCCCGGAGCGCCCGGGCGCCUUCAAGGAAUUCAUCUCCAUUGCGCUGUCCUCGGACGCCGACCUGUCCGUCACGGAGUUCAAGUACCGCUACUCGGCGGGGAGCACUGCGCAGGUGCUGUGGGGCGUGGGCAUUCGCAACCCGGAGCAGCUGACGGCCCUGACCGAUCGCUUGAACGCGGCCGGCAUGGUGUCACACGACAUCAGCGGCCUGGAGGUGGCGCAGGUGCACCUACGCCACCUGGCUGGUGGCCGUGCGCGGUCCUACACCGGGCGCAUUGAGGACGAGAAGAUCUACCAGGUCACCUUUCCCGAGAGGUCGGGCGCCCUUCGCCGCUUCCUGGACAUUAUCUCGCCCGCCUGGAACGUGACGCUGUUUCACUACCGCAACUCCGGCAACCGGGAAUCUAGCGUGCUGCUGGGUGUGCAGGUGCCCAAAUUCGACGAGGCGCGCUUCGCCACGGCCGUUGCCUCGCUCCGUGGAGAUGGCGAGGGCUUUGCAUUCAACGAGCUGCAGGGCGCUGUCCGGGAGGUGUUUGAUCAGUUCAUCCAGUAAUGUGAGCAACACGGUGUGAAGGUGACACCACCAUUAAUGGGUUGUGCACAUGUUAUUGUGGCAUUUUCCAUUAUGAUGCAACAGGGAAGCAGCCGUGUAUCAUCGGGAGGGUGUGCAAGCUGCGUGCACGCAGGGCAAGCGCCAUGCAUGGGAUGCAGUGGAACGUGGCGUGCAGGUUUAGGUUGAAGGCUAGCUAUGGCGGGCUGCCUGCACGAACUGUGGUCCACACUAUCGCAAGCAACCGCUCAACGCAGCAUUAUACUCCAUGUGGAGCAAGUUGCACCAAACGACAAGGCUAGACGGAGUUUGUAUGUAGGAGGCAAGUUGCUCAUUAGGUCGUGCCAGGCUGCGUGGUGACGAUGGCAGCGCACACCGUACAGACGAGGACGGCCCUGCUAACUGGAUGAAGAGGCCGCGGACAUUGCACAGCAAGCGUUGAUUACAGUGUAGCUCUGCAAUGUGGAGUAGCGGUGCACCCGAGACUCCGACCCAUCAUCUGGACGGGGUGUGAUUAGCGGGGCCAGGGGCAUGGUUGUGAAGUGUUGUAUGUGAUGAAUGUUUCGAUCAGUGUGAGCGGGGUGUGGGGGCGAUAUUUGGUAAAGCCUAUCGAUCGCCAAUAGGCAGCGGGUCAUAAUCAGCUUAUGUCUGGCUGGGUGUCUGGUUAGCGGUCUUUGCUGGCAAGCAUAGCACAGCACACUAUGUGGUAGGCCGCAGCAGUGAGGAGUGUUGUGGCUAGAGGAUUUCCUGAUGUUUGGUUGAUUGCUGGCUGUGCUUGUGCUUGACAGCGGAAUGUGGCUCAAUGAUGCAUGGCGGGAAGGGCCCGUACAAACUGACCCCGGCCAUGUCCGGGAGGUAGAUGAGGUAGACGCUUGCGGCCUCAUCGGAUUGGAGACGUGGCGUGGGCUCAGCCCACGGGGUGACGCUCCGAAAUAGCAGCGUGGGGACUGGGGCCGCCGGCCUGCAUGCAUGGUGCGGCACGCCGGGGCGGGCCAGGCCACAUGGAAGAGGAGGACUGGCAGAGGUGCCCAGGUGACGCCGCUGGUCGGUAGCGGGCAACGGUAGCAGAGUGCGAUGGCCAGGGGAGGGUUUAAAACCUAAUCUCCCCUGGUGAUGGCGAAAAUGUCAGCCCUCAGGUGCCCCCGGUUGGUCGGUUGGUGGCAGGCCGGUGCCGCUGGUGACUGUGCUGAAUGCACAUACGGCAUGCGGGUGCCAGUUUUGCUCAACCAACUUACAUGUGUUGUGAACCCUCGCACUAGCAGGGGUCGCGGUAGCGGUCCGCGGUGGGGCUGGACAAGUAGUGCGGCUGUUGACAACUGUGCUGCGUCUGGCUGCGGUUGGCUCUGCUGGGCAUCGCGAUUGCUAGGCACCGGUUUGGCUAUGUGCCUGUGGAAACCAGGGCUCCUAUCUUAAUGUUUCCAGACGUUGAUUGGCCAUGUUGCCCGUUUCCUAGGCAUUCCUACCGGGGGCUAAUGUCUGGGGCGAGACUUUGUUGGCCCGGGUUUGGGGCGGGUUUUGUCCGAAUUCCUAUGGAGAAGCCCCCAAACCGCCAUGUGCCCAGACAAAAGACGGCGGCCACCCGGCCGUUUUUGUCUGGAGCUAGACAUUACCCCAAAAACA